CAACAAACAUGACCGAGACGGAGAGAACAUUUUACAAGAAAGCAGCAAGUUACUGGGCCAAUGUACCAGCAACGAUCGACGGAGUACUCGGCGGUUUUGGCCACAUAUCAGACGCAGACCUCGACGGCUCGAAAGCCUUCCUAACUUACAUUUUAAACCUCCCCAAACCGCCAAACACAAAACUGGCUUUGGAUUGUGGUGCGGGCAUAGGGCGAAUUGCCAAAAACCUGCUGAUCCCCAAAUUUGAGAAGGUAGAUUUGGUAGAACAAGACGAAAAGUUCGUUAGCACCGCAAAACAAUUGAUCGGCGAAGACAAUGAGAAACUUGGAACAGUGUACCAAAUCGGGCUCCAACAGUUCAAGCCGCAAAAAACUUACGACGUUAUCUGGUGCCAAUGGGUGCUCGGUCAUCUGAACGAUUACGAUUUAAUUGCUUUUUUGGAAAGAUGCAGUGAGGCUUUGGCCGAAAACGGUGUUAUUGUUAUUAAGGAGAAUAUAACAUCUUCUGACGAAAUUGAAUAUGACGAUGACGAUUCGUCUGUGACACGCCCAGUCGGUUUGAUGCAGAAAAUAUUUGAAGCAGCCAAAUUAGAGAUAAUUAAGACUUCUGUUCAGGACAAUUUCCCCGAAGAAAUAUAUCCAGUGCAUACAUUUGCUUUAGUACCGAUGGACUGAAACGGAUGAUGCAGGAAACAUUAUAUGUAUUUUGUAGAUAGAGUUACUCGUUAAAUAAAGGUAUGAACAUUG